CUCUGCAAACUUCUACCGCCCGCUAAACUAGAUGCCUACUGCAGGCACUCGACACCAAGUCAGGAGGUGUCGAUCAUGGGCCGUCGCCGUUGGUCACGAGGGACAGAGUAGGACGGGCACAAAAACACUCGCAUCCAUGGUCCCCUUGAGCGGCAGCGCGGCGGCGCAAACCGCGUCGGCAAUCGAGCAGCCCUCCACUUCGAGCGUCGACGAGACGCACAUCGGUAUUUGGUUUACCGUCGGCGUCGUCGUCGUCUACUGCGCCAUGGUGGCCGCCGUCGCCGUCUUCCGGCGUCAACACGCCUCAGACCGGCAGUCGCUCCCGAUGCUCGAGCCAGACGCACGUUCAAACAGCCUCGACACGAUCGUCUGCGACUUUAGCACACGUCGGGCGUCCCCUCUCGACAUCACGGACGGCCUCCGCGUUAAGUAUUUGUCGUCAUAGCGCACCCUUGGCAGCCGAGACCAAGUCGAACUCUUAACACGUCAUUGCUACUUGCUGAAAUGUCGACGCUACCGCGCGUGUCGGCUCGAGGGCUUGAGACUGCCGUGGAAAGACCGGUUGUUUGUACUGUUGGUACUGCUCAUCGGCGGCUCUUCUGCUCGAUUUGAUCUGCCAGUGAAGGCCAAGACGUAGUCGCUGGUCAAUUUAUCGGGAACACGGGAACACUCGGUAUGAACCAUCACAACGACUCGUAGACCAAGUCGGGGACGGCGGUUAUAGGACCCUGCUUCCGAUUGUUCAGGUGCUGCCGAGCCCGAGAUAAAACGUCCUCCACGACAACUUUCGAGUUACCUCACGGGCACUUGUGCAGUGUGCCAACCGUCCUAGGCCUCCUUUGGCCAAAAGCCUCCAACUCGAACGCGAGUUCUAGUAUGGGUUUACGCGAGCAAAGAAACUAAUUUCUUAUUUCCA